CUUUGCUGCCAGUGGAUGGCAAGCCAACUCAGGUCGCUCAUCGGCCUCCAGGUUAUCUCUCGCGCAUUCACCUUCAUACUCAACCAGAGCCUCCUUGGACUUGCAUCUCCUGGUGCCUAUGGAACUGCUGCAAUCCAAUUCGAACUGAUUUCGAGCACGAUUCUCUUUCUAAGCCGAGAAGGUGUCCGAAACGCUCUUUUACGUGUCAAUCGGGCCAAAGACGGCUCGUGGAAUGUCGGAAAUAUCGUGUUUCUGCCUCUUUCCUUAGGAGUACCACUGGCUGUAGCAACAAGUCUUGGCUACGUGAGACUCGCAGCUCAAGAAACCAAGUCACAACCUGGCUUCUAUACUGGUAUCGCACUCUACGCGUUAGCGGCCGUGUUGGAACUUUGGUGUGAACCAAUGCACAACCAUGCCAUGGCCGAAAUGAAAACGCACAUCCGUUUUCGUGCAGAAGGCUCUGGUGUCAUGGCCAAAACGGUCACAACAUUCCUCGUCCUCUUCUACGACUCAAAAGCUGGGAUGAAUGGCGCACUAGCGCUCGUGGCUUUUGCCUGGGGACAAUUGUCUUACUCUUUCUGCGUAAUGGCGGUCUACCUUGCGCACUAUGGGCUCUCUUCAUUAUUCCCCAAGAAGACCAGCCUUAGACCCGACUCCGAUACGCUCCGCAUAUCUCUAACCAUGACCUCUCAAUCAGUAAUCAAGCAUUUUCUCACUGAAGGCGACAAAUUCGUUUUGGGCUGGUUCAGUCCUUUGCAGGACCAAGGCGGCUACGCCGUCGCCGUAAAUUACGGUUCGUUGAUUGCCCGCAUCGUAUUUCAGCCCAUCGAGGAAUCGUCCCGUAUAUCAUUCUCCAAGACCCUCUCCCCGCCCAUCAAGGCAGAAGCCUUGAAGACUGCCUCCCGCGCUCUGACGACGCUGACUUCUCUGCAAACUUCAUUCUCUCUCCUCUUACUCGUUUUUGGUCCGGCAUAUCUACCCAUUGUGCUCCCUGUCAUCCUGCCAAGACAAUACCUCUCGACCAGCGCUCCGCGUGUUCUACAAGCCUGGAUAUGGUACAUACCCGUCCUGGCCUUGAACGGUGGCCUAGAGGCGUUCAUCUCCAGCGUUUCCACUCCUAAAGAUCUGAACAGACAAAGCAGAUGGAUGGCAAUUUUCUCGAUCAUCUACAUGGCUGCUGCGGUCCAGCUCUAUAGAUGGCACUUUGGCGACAGUUCGUUGGUGUACGCCAACAUCAUCAACCUCACCGCCCGCAUCGCCUACGCAGCGCACUUUACCACUGCAUUUUUUGCCUCGCGUGGAUCAUCUUUGCAGUGGAGGGCUGGUUUGCCGGGGGCGAAGUUUGCGGCUGCUUGCGCCGUCUCGUUGGGUAUCAUCACGGCGAAUGAGGGUCGCCUGGGUGGCAUCAAAAACAUGGUAACGCAUAUCGGACCGGGUUUGGCCAUCGUUCGACAUCGGGCGAUCCAGAUUCAUAUUCUUGUUGGCGGUAUUCUGGGCUGCUUGUGCUUGAUGGUAUGGUGGUUUACAGAGGGACGCCAACUGCUCCGCGAAAGAAAGCAUCCCAAGUCCGACUAA